UGCAGUUAAGUAAAGUCAUAGAAAAAAUACACACUGAAAGAAACAAUGGCCAACAUAAAAUUCUUAUUUGCUCUUAGCAUUAUGGCUACCUUGGCCAUCAAGGUUUUUGCCAUUCACUGCUAUCAGUGUGGGUCUUUGGGCAAGAAAAAAUGUGGUGAACCCUUCAAACCAGAGGAAAAUAUGAAAUUCGAUUGCGACAAAGAAGUAGCUCCAAAGUACAUAAAAGGAUUAGCUGUGGGCGUUAAUGCCACCGGUUGCAUGAUACAAAUCGUGGAAUCUCCUCUGGGUGGUGAUACGUAUAUCCUGCGUUCCUGUUACUUUGGCGAUACCGUUCACACAGACAAUGGAUGUGUUUUGGAUCCCCAAAACGUGGGACAGAAGCUGGGAUCAUGUUCUGUUUGUACCACAGAUGUCUGUAACUCAUCUUCGUCGAUAGCCAUCCAAGGCAUAUUAACCGUAUUACUAUUAAGCUUGACUUUUAUGUUUUCUUAAGAUAAAAUUGUUAAUUUAAGCAAUUUUUAGCUACUAAGUGUUACUGAACAAUGAUUUACUUACUCACGCAAUGCAUGUAUUUUUUUCACCAUCAAUUUGCCUAUGAAAUGGUUUGCUACAAACUAAAAAAAAGUGUCAGUAAUAAAAGAAAACCCCUAUAUAUCAAUAUUAAA